AUGUUUUUGCCAGUAAUAUUAUUUGGCUUAGUUGUGCUAUUAUUGUUCACAUACCUCUAUAAAACUGGACGAUAUAAUGAAAGCUACUGGAAGAAACGCGGUGUUAAGUUUUACGAUAGAAGCAAAGCCAUCGGCCCCUAUUGGGAGUUUCUCACAACAAAACGGGCUUUGUUUGAGAUACUUGGUGAUAUCUACAAGGAGUAUAAAGAUGAUCCUGCUGUGGGAAUUGGGCAGUUGUCAACACCGGCGCUAUUUGUUAUACAUCCAAAGAAUGUGCAGCAAGUUCUACAGACUGAUUUCCAAGCCUUCCACCAUAGAGGAAUGGAAAGCGUUGAAGGUGAUCAACUUUCCGAUAAUAUUCUCUUCAUGAAUGGACCCAGAUGGAAGCUUAUGAGGAAGAGUAUGAGUCCAUUAUUCACGGCCAGCAAAUUGAAGAACAUGUACUACAUCAUGGACAAAAGCGCCCAAGACUUUGUGAGUUAUUUAAAAGGAAAUCCUAAAAAACGUGAGAGUGACAUAUACGGCACACUUAUAACCUUCUGUAACGCAGCAAUUUGUGGAGCAGUUUUCGGCAUCGGAUCUGAAUCAACCUUUGAUUCACCGUUCAUCAAACUAGCCGAAAAUAUGUCAGCAACGAAACUCAAGAACGUAUUAAGAUUUGCUAUUAUUGGAAUGAGCCCAAAGGUAGCAAAUAUGUUGGGAAUCAAAUUAUUCAAAGAACACGAAGAUUACUUCAUAAGUUCUAUUGCAGAAGUUAUAAGAAAACGGGAAGCAGAGAAUGUAAAGAGACACGAUUUUGCUGAUUUGUGUAUUACUUUGCAGAAGAACGGAACGUUGAAAGAUGAGACGACAGGGUGUACUAUUGAACCAACGACUGGAUUAUUAUCAGCACAAGCCUUGUUCUUCUUUGCUGCUGGAGUUGAGCCGUGUGCCGUUGUAUUAUUUUCGGUAUUGACUCUUCUUUCUUGCCAUCCAGAAAUAUUAGAAAAAGUGCACAAAGAAAUAGAUGAAAAGUUUGAAAAAUACAAUGGCCAAAUUACUUAUGAUGUUAUCAAUCAAAUGGAAUAUGUAGACAAAGUGUUAAAUGAAGCAACAAGGAUUCUUCCUCCUAAUGGUUAUGUAACACGGCAAUGUGUUCAAGAUACAGUAUUAGAAGUGGGUAAUAUCAAAGUAGAAAAAGGUACAAAAAUUUUUACUCCAAUUUACCAAAUACACCAUGACCCGAGAUUUUAUCCAGAGCCAGAGGUAUUUGAUCCAGAACGGUUCUCUAAGGACAGAAAGCCUAGCGAUGAAAUUUUUAUGCCUUUUGGUAUGGGUAAUCGCAUGUGCUUAGGAGCCAGGUACGCUAAAUUACAAGUACUAGCUGGACUAGUUCACGCUCUGAGACAUUUUACGGUUAAAUCAAAUGCAAAUAUGAAAAAUCUUAUUUUUCAGAAACAUAUACUAAAUGUAAAACCUGACAAUGUAGAUAUAAAACUUGUUCUUAGAAAUAUAAACUAA